CCGAAGUCCAGCUAACGAUGGAGCAACAGCACGAAAAAACCGAAAAGCAGUUAAAGGCUGAGGCCAAAAAAGCUGAAAAGCUUGCGAAAUUCCAGGAGAAACAAAAGAAACUUCAAGAGCAAAAAGAACAGCAGGCGAAAAAAGGCGACGGAGAAAAGAGUGCCACUAAAAAGGAUAAAAAAGAGCCAAAAGAAACCAAGGGUACAAUUAUCUAUGAGAAACAGACUGCACCAGGUGAUAAGAAGGAUAUUUCUGGUGCCAUGCCUGAUUCCUAUAGUCCUCAAUACGUAGAGGCGCAGUGGUAUUCCUGGUGGGAGAAGCAGGGAUUUUUCAAGCCAGAAUAUAAUAGUCCUGAUAUCCUCGCCGAAAACUCCAAGGGAAAAUUCGUUAUCGUCAUCCCACCCCCUAACGUUACGGGAUCCCUGCAUAUCGGACAUGCGCUAACAUCAGCCAUUCAAGAUACUUUGACUCGUUGGCAUCGUAUGCAGGGCAAAACUACCUUGUGGAAUCCGGGUUGUGACCAUGCCGGCAUUGCCACGCAAGUUGUAGUCGAGAAAAAACUUGCCCGUGAACAGGGUAUAACCCGACAUGUCAUUGGGCGCGAGCGUUUCAUUCAGGAAGUGUGGAAGUGGCGUGACGAGAAGGCCGACCGUAUCUAUGACCAGCUCAAGGCGUUAGGAUGUUCAGUCGAUUUCUCUCGAGCCGUCUUCACGAUGGACGCGAAGAUGUGUAAAGCCGUGACUGAAGCAUUUUGUAGAUUACACGAGGAAAAUCUGAUCUAUCGGGCGAACCGUCUCGUGAAUUGGUCGUGCGCACUUAGCUCAGCCAUCUCUGAUGUAGAGGUUGACAAGAAGGAGCUGCCGGGACGAACUCUUCUGUUUGUUCCCGGGUAUAAGGAUAAGGUUGAAUUUGGUGUUCUGAUCUCGUUCGUGUAUAAAAUCGAGGGAAGCGAUGAUGAGAUCGUAGUUGCCACUACUCGUAUUGAGACGAUGCUUGGCGAUACGGCUGUUGCUGUCCAUCCAAAUGAUGAGCGCUACAAGCAUCUCCAUGGCAAGUCGGUUAUCCACCCGUUUGUAGAGCGCAAAUUACCGAUUGUCUGCGACGAGUUUGUCGAUAUGACCUUCGGUACGGGUGCCGUAAAAAUUACUCCCGCCCACGACUAUACCGAUUAUGAAGUAGGGAAAAGGCAUAACCUGCCAUUUAUAAAUAUUAUGGAUGAAAAUGGUGUUAUUUCCGCAGGAUGUGGCAAGUUUUCAGGUAUGAAGCGCUUCGAUGCCCGUAAAGCCGUACUCGAGGAACUUAAAAAACUUGGACUGUACCGAGAGACCAAGGACAAUCCCAUGGUCGUUCCUAUGUGUUCCCGGUCAAAGGAUAUCGUUGAGCCCAUUCUAAAAGUGCAAUGGUACGUUAAUUGCAAAGAAAUGGCUGCUCAGGCUGUAAAUGAUGUCAAAGAGGGAACCCUACGAAUUGUUCCCGAGCCACAGAUCAAGAUUUGGAACUAUUUUUUAGAAAACAUUCAGGACUGGUGCAUUUCGCGACAGUUGUGGUGGGGACAUCGUAUUCCUGCCUACUAUGUCACGCUUAAGAGCAAACCUAAUCCGGAGGGUUCGUGGAACUCAAACGAAUACUGGAUUAGUGGUCGAACGAGGGAUGAAGCACUGAGUAAAGCCGCUGCCCAAUUCAAAGUAGCAUUAGAGGAGAUUAUCCUAGAACAAGAUGAAGAUGUCCUUGAUACGUGGUUUUCCUCAGGCUUGUUCCCCUUCUCAAUUUUCGGCUGGCCCGACGCCACAAUCGAUUUACAGGCAUUCUACCCCGGCUCGCUACUUGAAACUGGUCACGAUAUCAUUUUCUUCUGGGUAGCGCGCAUGGUUAUGUUAGGAACGAAACUACUGGGUCAGCUGCCAUUCAGAGAGGUGCUUCUGCACUCAAUUGUACGUGACGCCCAUGGACGAAAGAUGAGCAAAUCGCUUGGCAACGUAAUUGAUCCUCUUGAUGUGAUCAAAGGUAUCACGUUGGAAAGGCUUCAGGCCACCUUAGAUAAUUCGAACCUUGACCCAAAUGAGAUCAGCAAGGCAAAGGAGGGCCAGAAACGAGACUACCCGAAAGGAAUUCCUGAGUGUGGCACGGACGCUCUUCGAUUCGCCUUGUGCGCGCACAUGAGUCAGGGUCGAGAUAUCAACCUUGAUAUUAAUCGUGUUGAAGGAUAUCGUUUUUUCUGCAAUAAGCUAUGGAAUGCCACAAAGUUUGCAUUAACGUACCUAGGAGCUGAUUUUAAACCACCGGACAGCCCCAGUGAACGCCUUCCUAUGGAUCGGUGGAUUCUUUCAAGGCUGGCUUUUGCUGCCGCGAACGCUAACAAGGGCUUAACAGAAUACGAUUUCCCAUUGACAACAACGGCAUGUUAUAGCUUUUGGCUAUAUGAGCUUUGUGACGUCUAUCUCGAAUCGCUCAAACCUGUGUUCCAAUCUGAGAGUGACGCUGCCAAAACUGCAGCAGUACAAACAUUGUAUAUUUGUCUCGACACUGGUCUGCGUUUAUUGCAUCCUAUGAUGCCAUUUAUCACUGAAGAACUUUGGCAGCGCCUGCCUCGAGGUCUAAACGAUGCCCCAUCCAUUUGUGUUGCCUCCUAUCCUCUCGAGUCCGAGGUGCCCGGUGGUCGCGACGAGCAGAUCGAGAAAGAUGUUGCCUUUGUGCUAGAUCUUGUGCAUAAAGUUCGGUCGAUGCGUUCAGAUUACAACUUGACUCGUGCUCAAAAAGUUGAUUUAUUCGUUAAAUGUCCUGAGGAUACGGCAAGGGUUGUUACCGAACACGCCAUUACGAUAAUCACUCUAACAACGUCACUCUCAUGCCAGGUGGUACAAACCCCACCUGAAGGGUGCGCAAUUACUACCAUCGGGAAUGCUGAGGCCCAUCUACUUCUCAAAGGUGUGGUUAAUCCUGCUAAGGAGAAAGAGCGAUUGUCAAAGAAAGAAAGUGUGCUUAAACAAUCUUUGGCCAAGCUUCAAGAAAGUAUGGCUUUAACGGAUUAUGCUGACAAGGUUCCUCUGGAAGUGCAGAAGUCAAAUUUUGACAAAUGCAAUGACAUCAAUGAGGAGCUUAAGCGAAUCACGGACUCCAUCCGUUGCUUAACCGUAAUGGGAGACAACUAGUAACUCCUUUAAUGAAACUAAAAAAAAAACUUUAUACACUAUAAAAGUGAUAAUUACUUACUAAUUUAAACAGAUAAAGACCAGUAUGCUAGAAUUCACACUGGUUGCACCAGGGAAACGAAAUUCAAUUACAGGCUCCAUCGACAUAUAGCGGAAAAGUUGGAAUGACGUUUGCUUCCUACGCACCGCGUACAAAACGCUCAUCAUUCGAUGUGGCUUGAACUCAUGAAUGAAGACCAUAUUAAUUUUGUUAAUAAAUCAGCUUUAUACAGCUCCA